AUGGCGGGAGACUGCGCGUUUUGGAUGUCGGUCGCGGUCAAACUGGGCCUGCGUCAACCCUACCAUUUCCCAACAGUAACCGUCGAACCGAUUACACCCUUGCCAUUCCAACCUUGGGCUGAAGUCGUCGAGUAUUCUCCCAUCGAUACGAAACAGUCCCUUGGCCAGGCAAAAUCUUUCGAAGAUGUCCUGUUUGUCCAAACUCGUACAACGGGUCCCACAGGCCAGACCUGCCUCGAGCAAGGCUGCGGUCUUGUCUCUGAUAUCCUUCCUCCGGUUCCCAACCUUCUAAGCGUUCGCGUUGGAGAUGACCUCGAGAUCAUCUUCAACAACGAUAGCCAGUGUCCUGCGGAGGACCUCUGGUACAUUGUUCAGGAGAGUCCGUUGGGACGUUGUGUGCCCGCCAGCGCUGCUGUGAACGACAAGGAGUUCAACCGAAGUGAGACUGACCACGUUACGUGGUUGUCUCCGACGCCUGUCAGCAUGCCAGCGCUUUCGUUGGCCGAAUCGGCUUUCGUCUUCGUCUUGUUGCUCGUCGCAUGGUUGUCGUUUACAUGCUGGUUGACCAACAGAGAAGAGGACGUAAAGGCCAAUGACACCAAUGAUGCUGCCGGCUCCAACGAGAAGGCUGUUCAGACCGACGUUGUCGACAACAAUGACACCGCUGGCAAAUCGUCUCACUCUCAUUCUGUGGAUGCUACCAGCACCAUGAGUAACGAUGGCGUUGCCGACUACGGCUCGAAAGGUGUUCAGACCGACGCUGUCGACACUGCCGACGCUGCCGACGACAACGCUACAGCUGGAGAGUCAGAUCAUUAUGGACUCUUGGACGUUGCUGUGAGCAUCGAUCCAAUGAAGGUCAAUACUGAUCAGGCGUACCGGGACACCAUUAUGCGCCCCAAGAAUGAACUCGAAGAAACGGACAACAGAGUCAGAGAUCUGGAAGAAAAGGUGACAGAGCUGAAGAACAUGCUCCAAGAAAAGGAAGAUGAAAUCAAUAUGAAGGACGUAAAGCUCCAAGAACUGGGCCGGAAAUCCAUCAAAAACAACAACACGAUUGUCAAGUGGAGGAAGCAGCUGGACAGUCGGAGUUUAGAGGCCAUGAUGGACAUUACGACUAUAGCACGACUUGAAAAUCAGCUGAUGAAAGUCGAGUUCAGCAUGAAAGCACAGAAAGACGAAUUUGAGGCGGAGAAGAAGGAGCUCGAGGACGAUAACGACCGCCUUGCCACAGAGCUUGGUACUCAGUAUUGGCGGUACAGCGCGCUGAGGAGCGAGAAAGAAAGUAUCGAGAAGAAGUACAACGACCUCAAAGAGACCCAAGCCAGGAUGUCGAAGCAACAACACCCAAAGAUUGAAAGUCAGCAACACGUGCUGCGAAUUGAAGGGACAACUCCCGACCGGCCAAGAAUCGUGAGACUUCGGGACAUCAGACCCGCACAGAGAUUGCAAGACAACAAGGCAGACUAUGAGGUUCAGGAGAGUCACAACUGUCUUGUGGGAAGUACGGGAAGUCAAUCACAGGAGGCUGACUCAGAACAAGAAACCCAGCCAGCCCCUUUUGACGAGGCGCAUACUGAAUGUUUAGAGCCUUGCAACGACGGCGACGCUCUAGGCACAGAGGCCCAAAGUCAGCUCGCUUGGCAGCGAAAGCAAGGGAUACCCGACUGGGAACAAGAACCUGCUGAAGAUCCGGAAAGGAGUUUUGCAAAGAUCUUGCAAAACAGCACGGCAGACUCCAAGGCUCAGGACGACCCCAACAGUCUCAAGUACAGAACGGAAAUUCAAUCGCCAGAAGCUGAUUCGGAACGAAAGACCCAUCAAAGCCCUCUUGAAGAGGCGCAUGCUGAAGGUUCAGAGCCUUGCAACAACGUUGAGGCCCGGAGUUCUGAGCAUGAGAGUCAGCCUGGUGCGUUUCGAAGACAAGAUGUAUCGCCCGAAUUGCUGCAGAUACUCUCUGAACAACGGGAAGCCAGACAUCGGAAAGCUUUUCUCCCAAAGACCUCUGAGAACAUCAACGGCAACCCUAAGACUGAAAACUUUUGA